AUGGCAAAUUGGCCCUCGGCGGUGCAAGCCAUUGCGUUCGUCUGCGCAGGCUGGAGCACUUUUGUGUACAUUGUUCAAUCUAUCGGCAUCAUUAGAAUCUUCCUCUCGUACUCUUCGCGCCUGAAACCAGCCGUCUCCCCUUCGCUGAAGAAGCAAGAUGUGCCGCACAUCACCAUCAUCCGCCCUGUUAAGGGUCUCGAGUAUGGCCUCUACGACUGCAUCGCAUCUUCGUUUCGACAAGACUAUCCGCGCGACAAGUUGACGAUCCACCUUUGCGUGGCCGAGAAGAGCGAUCCGGCAUACCCGGUCCUGGUCAAGCUGGUUGAAGACUUCCCUGGCUUCGAUGCGCGGGUGCUGGUCGAGGAGGACGACCCUCUGCUACACGGUAGCGGCGGCCAUAUCGACAACCUUGGCCCCAACCCGAAGAUCAGGAACAUCAGCCGCGCCUACCGGGAAGCUAAGGGGGACAUCAUUUGGGUCAUGGACUGCAACAUCUGGGUUGCCAAGGGUGUUGCUGGGCGCAUGGUGGACAAGCUUUUGGGAUACAGUCCUGAUGGAAGCCGAGUCAAGCCCUAUAAGUUUGUUCACCUCCUGCCGAUUGUUGUCGACAACGUCUCUCCCCGAGAUACCUCGACGGAAACGCAAGCGCUGUUGUCUUCUUCGGAGGGCAGCUCCUCGCAAAGUGCAAGCUCGGGCCAUGGUCACUCCCUACUCGACUAUGCCGAGAAGCAAGGUGGCGGUCGACUUGACGAAAUGUUCAUGGCUACAACUCACGCCAAGUUUUACAGCGCCAUCAAUACCGUCGGCGUUGCUCCCUGCGCCGUCGGCAAAAGCAACAUGUUCCGUAAGUCUCACCUGGACACGGUGACGGACCCAGCGCAAAACCCUAUUUUCCCUGCCGGAAAGAAGCUGCCGAAGGGAAUCGACUACUUCUCUGAAUAUAUUUGCGAGGACCACCUAAUCGGAGACUUGCUGUGGCGGUCCAAGCUACCAGGCAUGAAAAAUCAUGGCCUCGUUAUGGGAGACCUUGCCGUUCAGCCAAUGGCCGGCAUGUCUGUCCAAGCAUACUUUGCGCGUCGUGCUCGAUGGCUCCGCGCACGCAAGUGGACAGUCCUCGCCGCCACGCUGAUUGAGCCUGGCGUCGAGUCGCUGUUGUGCUGCGCCUACUUUGCCUUUGCUGUUACCACUCUUCCCUGGUUCCACAACACCUUCGGUACUGCGCAGACGUGGAGCGCUACGGGUCUGUACUGGCUGGCAUUUGUGACCAUCUGGAUGGUUUGCGACUGGUUCACCUACAACCGUCUCCAUGCUGGAUACACCAUGGAAGUCGACGAGAACACGCCCAAAUUUGCCAGAGGCACCACGACACCUGGCGGAGCUCCUCCUAGAUCGUUUUUGGAAUGGCUACCCGCUUGGAUCGGAAGAGAAUUUCUUGCUAUGCCGAUCUGGACCUGGGCUGUGUUCUGUGGAUCGACUGUCAACUGGAGAGGCCGGACGUUCAACGUUCGCUCGGAUAUGAGUGUGGUGGAAAUCGGUUCGCAACCUUCGACGGCAUCGCACAGCAUUUUGAAUGGCUUCGCCAACGCGGAGAAUAACCCGCGUUCUAGAAGCAAAGACCGCGUAGACUAG